AUGUCUACUGUACCAUCGGGCAUCCCGCUAGAUACCGCUGCCAUCAUGUCAUCAGUGCUGGAAGGUAUCUUAUAUGGCUUUUCGGUCCUCAUGUUCAUAGGUUUCGUAUGGACAUUCACGGACAAAAAAAGCGUGCGGGACGUCAAUCGGCCAAUCGCUGCGGUCGCCGCCCUGCUGCUUGUACUAAGCACUGCGCACAUAGUCAUAGGGAUCAUUCAUCUCGAAGCUGGACUGGUGCAGUAUCGUGACACGUACCCAGGAGGUCCAAUGGCGUUCUUCGCAGACUUUCACAGAGGAACAUUUGUGGCCAAGAAUGCGAUAUACACGUUGCAAACUCUGCUUGGUGACGGAGUGGUGAUUUAUCGAUGUUACGUCGUGUGGCAGUCUGUUUGGAUUAUCAUCCUACCGUGCAUCAUGUGGUGCGGUGUCGGAGCGUUUGGUGUCUGUUCGGUCUACUACUUUUCGCAAGCAACUACUAGUGAUAUCGAAAAUUUCUUCAACAGCGAGCCUGGACAUUGGGUCGCGACGUUCCUUGCCUUCACACUUGCCACCAAUGUGUUGAGCACCGGAUUACUGGCAUAUCGCAUCUGGAUGAUCGAACGCGAGGUCUCUGCAGUUUGCGCCACCAGAACUAAAGUGCCUAUAUUGCGUGUGCUUAUAGAUGCUGCUAUUUUGUACUCUGCGGCGCUCUGCUCGUCACUAAUGUGUUUCGCCUUCGGGAACAAUGGGCUGUAUGUUAUGGGGGACAUGAGUGUCCCGAUCGUCUCCAUUACCUUCUAUAUGGUGUUUAUUCGCAUCGCGACCAAUCGAAACAAUCAACAUUACAUCCCGGCUGUCAGCGGAGGGACAACUGACACAGAACGAAGCAAUUCGCGGCAAUAUCCUAUGCAGCCUUUACACGGUGCAUACAAGCAGACUGAUGUAUCCUUCAUGGUUGAUAGCCCGAAAAUGGCAUUAGUGUAG